AUGGUGCUUCACACAGUAACUGUCAUCGCUUCAAUUCCUGAUAUUGCUUUUGUUGCUAUUUCUCUUCUUUUAUUGUUUACAGAAGCGUUAAUUUCAAAAGAUUUCUUUCAUAAGACUUUACGACUAGCUUUUGUUAUGAAGAAGCAUAUAAGAGCAAUUUAUUAUAAGCCCAUUCACUUUUAUCAUCCUCAGAGGCUCAAGCGGCCUGUGGUCACUCGCGACUCUACAAAAUUUCUUUACCUAUAG